AAUUUUUAUUGAAGCAUCCGUCACGGAAAGAAAUCUUGGUUUAAAUAGUAACCAUAUUGCAGUUUAGCUCUUUCUAUGAGAUGAAAAUUACUUUCUUCAAACUCACCGAAGGACUUGAGAAUUCAGACAUUCCGAAUUACCUUGCCAAAUGGCAGCAGGGGCACUGUGACUGGAAAGCUGAUGUGACUUUCUCCUUUUAAAGGCCCAGAGAUGGAAAUCAGAAGUAAGUCCCAGCUCCUCCUGCUUCUGACACUUUGCAGUGUCUUCUUCUCGCACGCACUGGCAUGGCCUCUUUUCAAAGCACCCCCUUCUCUGAGGUUGGGUGACAGAAUACCAUUUGAAGGGGCAAAUGAACCUGAUCAAGUUUCAUUAAAGGUGGACACUGACAUCUUGCAAAAUGCAUUGGCCGAAAAUGAAACACCCUACUAUGAUGUAUCCAGAAAUGCCAGACACGCUGAUGGAGUUUUCACCAGUGACUAUAGUAGAUUCUUGGGUCAGCUUUCUGCCAAAAAAUACCUUGAAUCCCUUAUUGGAAAACGAGUUAGCAAUAACCUCUCAGAAGACAAUUCACCAAUCAAACGUCACUCUGAUGCAGUCUUCACUGACAACUAUACCCGCCUUAGAAAACAAAUGGCUGUAAAGAAAUACCUGAAUUCAAUUCUGAAUGGGAAGAGGAGGUAAAGAAAAAGAGAACUUGCUAAAAUGACAAAUUGUGCAUGGCUUUCAAAACACAAACUCUGCGUAGAGACUUACCGUCCUACUCUGUGGUUUGCACAUGCCUAUAUGUUAUGUGAAGCAGUAGUUCUCAACCUUGGCUUACAUUAGGCUACCCUGGAGAAUUUUAAAAAUACUGACGUACAGGCUUUACCCAAAUCCAGUCUUAGGGAAAUCAGUAUCUCUGGGUUGGGCCUUCAACAUUGCCAUUGUUUUAUAGUUGAUUCUACUGUAACACCUGGGCUGAUGGAACCCUGGUGACACAGUGGUUAAGAGCUCGGCUGCUAUCUAAAAGGUCGGCAGUUCAAAUCCACCAGCUGCUCCUUGGAAAGCCUAGGGGUGGAUCUACUUAGUCCUAUGGGGUCACUAUGAGUCAGAGUUGCCUCAACGGCAAUGGAUGUUUAACGGGCCCAGGAUGACAAUAAUGGCUGUGGAGACAUCCAGAUAGGAUCUUGGGACAGAUUUUAUCAAAAUGGCUGAUUUAAAGAGAAAGAAAGAUAGGAAGGAAGAAAGAAAGAUGCAGCCAACCCACAAUUUAGUAACACAUGGAAACUUUGAAAUCUGCUUUUCCCUCCAUGUGCACGUACAAUACCCUUAUUUUACCAAAUGAAACCAUCUGUAUUUUUAGAUGCUAUAAAACUUACAUCU